AUGGAGAAUUCCGAGAAAUCCCCAGGCUCGUCAGACUCGUCGGGGACAGCUGUGGUAGAGACAGAUGGGGAAACAAAGGCACCUGUCUUCAAUGAACAAACAAAUUAUGUGCCCAAGAGCACGAUUAUUACAAUAUUCUUAGCAUGUUCGACCGUAGACCUCAUAGCCUUGAUGGAUCAGACGACCUUGGCUGCCAGUUUGUCAAUUAUAGGAAAUGCCUUGCACGCCAGUGAUCAAUCUUCAUGGAUAUCGGGGGGAUACUUUGUCACCUCGACUUGUUUCCAGCUUCUAUACGGCCGCCUCUCCGACAUCUGGUCUCGCAAACUCGUCCUUUUUGUAGGACUCGGCAUAUUCUUUAUAGGGUCCCUGGCAGCAUCACUCGCUCAAACAGCCACGCAGCUUAUAGUCUUCCGAGCAUUCACAGGCGUAGGCGGUGGCGGAUUGAUGACCGUGGCUCAAAUGAUCGUCAGCGACGUAGUGCCACUCCGUGAAAGAGGCAAAUACCAGGGUAUCCUGGGGGCCGUAGUGGCAAUUGCGAACGGAAUCGGACCCGUCAUCGGUGGAGCCCUGUCUUCCAUAAACGAAGAUUCAUGGAGAUGGAUUUUCCGACUCAAUCUCCCCCUCACGGCGAUAACAACCCUCUGUGUGCUGUUCUUCAUGCCCCUACGAAAAGUGACGGGAGACUGGAAAAUGAAGCUCAAGGCAAUUGACUUCUUCGGCGCGUUCCUCGCACUAGGCAGUACAGCUGUUCUCCUGCUAGGCCUUACAUGGGGUGGAGGCGAAUACGCCUGGAAUUCAGCCCAUGUCAUAGCCACGAUUGUCGUAGGGUGUGCUGUGGCUGUUGGGUUCGUGAUCUGGCAGUGGAAAGGAGCGGCGUAUCCGCUCGUGCCGAUGCAUAUAUUCAGGUCUCGGAUUGUGGACGGCGCGUGUCUUACUAUGUUUAUUAAUGGAUGGAACUUCCUUGUCCAGGUUUAUUAUAUUCCGACAUUUUACCAGCUGGUUUUUGGGUACUCGACCGUGAAGGCUGGUGCGAUGCUUUUGCCGGUUACUCUCAUGCAGACCCUCAGUAGUACGGUUUCAGGUCUCGUUGUCCAUUGGGUCGGUCGAUACAGGGAAUGUAUCCUCUUCGGCUGGGGGAUCUGGGCCGUUGGACUAGGUCUGUUCUCAACUCUGGACCAGUCGUCCGGUCUAGGGAAGCAAAUUGGAUAUGGAGUACUAACUGGUAUCGGCGUGGGAAAUACAUUGCAACCCUCCCUAAUAGCCAUCCAAGCAGGCGUUGAACGGCGAGACAUGGCCGUUGUUACCUCAUUUCGAAACUUCGUAAGGAACCUUGGAGGCACACUCGGCCUCGCCAUCGCCGGAACGAUUAUUAACAAUUUAAUUGCAAGCUCAAUCUCUUCCUUGAACCUCACAGAUUCUGAAACACGGUCCUUCCUGUCUAGUCCUCAGAACUACCUCUCCAAACUUCCUCAACAGGAAGCGGAACGUGCUCGGUCCCUGCUGAUCCCGGCGUAUAAAAAGGGAUUUCGGAUUAUAUUCAUUAUUUGUGCUGCGUUGGCUGCUUUUGCGUUUGUUUUGGCGUUUUGGCUCAUGCCCCAGGUCACAUUGAAGCGGGCAGAUGACGAGAAGUUGAAGGAGGAGGGAAGAAAAAGAGUUAAGGAAGAAAGGAAUGGCGAUGAGGAGGCAAAUGGAGGGGAGAGAAGGCGAUGGACUGGAAAGUUGGUGUGAUAGCCUUAGAACGUAGGUGCUAGAAAUAAUACUAGGGGGCUCUAAUAUAAGAAUUAGAAAGGCAAGAAUCACCUGCAUUUCACUGUCAGCUAUGUUCGCUCUAGAGCUAUAAUUGUAGCUAUAGAGGCUAGGUAACAGCG